GUACAACAAAGCAAAAGACCAAAAGAUAACCAAAGUAAAAGAAUAAUAUAACCUCAAACCAGGUUGAUAACUUUUGUUUUUAAAAAUGUUUAGGAAUAUAUUGUUAAAAAAUGUAAUAAAACACCAAUUACGAAUUAACAAAAUUCAUACAAAUCCUGCUUGGAACAUUCCUAAAGGAUAUGACACUGGCAUAAAAGUGUACAACUGCGUUACUAAACAAAAAGAACCUUUAAUUCUAAAAAAUAAAGAUAUUGUAACAUGGUACACUUGUGGUCCUACCGUUUAUGACUCUUCACAUGUAGGACAUGCGUGUUGUUAUGUUAAAUUAGAUAUAAUACAAAGGAUAUUAAGAAAUUAUUUUAAAUUUAAUUUGGUUACUGCUGUAAAUAUUACAGAUAUAGAUGAUAAAAUAAUAGGAAGAGCUCAAGAACUUAAUGUGGAAUAUCAUGUUUUAGCUGAGAAAUUUGAAAAAGAAUUUUGGGACGAUUGUAAACAUUUAGGAAUAGAAGAACCUAGUGUUGUGCUUAGAGUAACUGAAAAUAUAUCCUUAAUAAUAAAUUUUAUUAAAAAACUUGUAGAAACUAAUCAAGCUUAUAAAGCUGCUGAUAAUUCUAUAUAUUUCAAUGUAGAAACUGUAAAAAAUUAUGCAAAGUUACAAAAUAUUGGUACCCAGGAAGUUACAAAAAAACUUGGUCAUGUAAAAAAGUCUGUUCUAGAUUUUGCUUUGUGGAAAAGUUUAAAACAAGAAGGAGAACCUUUUUGGGACAGCCCUUGGGGCAGAGGAAGACCUGGUUGGCAUAUUGAGUGUUCAGCAUUAGCUUCACAAAUUUUUGGUUCUAAUAUUGAUAUCCAUGCAGGAGGCAUCGACCUAAGAUUCCCUCAUCAUGAAAAUGAAGAAGCUCAGUCUUGUGCCUUCCAUAACACUCCUCAGUGGGUAAACUAUUGGUUACAUACAGGUCACUUGCACUUAAAUAAUGCUGAAAAAAUGUCAAAAUCUCUGAAAAAUACAAUAUCAAUACAAGAUAUGUUAAACAAUGUAUCGUCAGAAAGCUUUAGGAUGUCCUGUGUAAUGUCCCCUUACCAAAGUAACAUGGAGUAUAGUGAAGAAUUAAUGAUUACAGCAGAAAAUACUUACAAAACUUUUAAAAACUGUUUAAUAUCUUGUGACGAGUAUAAAAGAGGUUACCUAAAAGCUUCAAUAAAUAAAAAUGUUUUAUAUGGACUCAUUAACAAAAGUAAUGAUAAUAUACAUAAUGCCUUAUGUGAUAAUUUUGAUACCCCAACUGUGAUAAAAACUCUAAGUGAACUAGUUUCAGCAACUAAUAUUAUGUUGCACACUUCUGCAUCUUUAGACACUGAAAGUGAUUUGGCCCCAGUUUUAGCUGUUAAAAACUUCAUAAGUAAUACUUUGGGAAUUUUUGGACUAAAUGCAGAUAAUAAAACUGCUGAAUCUAAAAAUUUAAGUGAAAUUGUAGAUCUUUUAAGUGAAUUUAGACAAGACAUUAGAAAUAUAGGUAUUACUGAUAAGAAUAAAAAUAUUUUACAGAUUUGUGAUAGUGUUAGAGAUAAUGCUAAAAAAUGUGGUAUAAAAAUUAAAGAUCAUGGUAGACUAUCCUCUUGGAGUAUGUGAAAGUAUGAAAAUUAAUUAUAUAUUUUAUUUAAAGGAAAAAGAUUAUCCAACUAAAAGAAAAUUUUAUAUUUUAAUAAACAAUCUUUGGCUCAAGACUUCUAUGUUAUUUAUGUUGGUGUGUAAGAAGUCAUUUAAUUCAAAAAUCCUUAAAGUGAUCCGGACGUCUGAUAACCCUCCCCAUGAGACAGAGAGGUAAAGUUUGUCCUCAUCCACAUUCUCACAACUAAGCAAUGAAGUCCCCUGUCACGUCUUGGAUGGGGACUUACAUGAGAAGAGUAGUAGUUAACCAUCUAAAGCGUGGUAUGAAUGAUUAUAUCAAUAGGAUCCUCAAAUGGUGACACAAUAAGACUUAAAAGCUGCAGUGCUACCACGCUUGAGCUCUAAGGAUCCUAGGUUUAGUUCAUUUACCUAAAUUGCAAAAAGAAGAGGCCUAACAUGAGUGAAAAUUGUCAGGGCCCUCCUAAGAUCACAGAAGAUCCCAGUUCAACCCUUUUACUGGAUUUAAUAGAUUGAAGUACCUUCUUGCAGAAGGAGAUGACUGUUUAAUGUACUUUAUAAUUUGUUUAAUUCAGUAAAAAAGCAAUUAUCAAUUAACAAUUUAUUCACUGUUCCUUGUAUAAACAUUUAUUUACUCAUCACAUAGUACUUGGCCAUAAAAACAACAAAAUAAUAGGGUUACAAAAAAUAUAUAUAGAUUUGAUUUUAUUUUAUACUCUUAGAAACUCUAUUUUUUUUGUUUUGGUAUAUACAACAUGGAAUCUAAAAACAAUCUUGUAAAAUCACCUACAAUUGACCUAUCAGGUAAUGCUUGUGCAACUCCAUAAAUGGCCAUCUAAAAAAUAAUAAUGUACCAUUUUUAUAUAAGGAAUUAAAAAAUUAUAAUUGUGCAUACCUUGCCCUCUACAGGUUCUGAUGGAUUCUUUAAGAUUUCAUCUAAUGCUAUUCGAACAUCUUCUAAAAAUUGGUCAGCAACACCUGGUUUAGUGUGCUGUCUUGUUACACAAAUGUGAAUUCUAAAAUAAAGUAGGCCUUUAAAUUGAUUCAAACAAUAUAUUUUAAUUUAAAAUUAAAUGCUGUUGAAACACACCCUGAAGGAAACUGCAAAACACUUAAAUUCCAGCCUUUCUCUUUUAAAGCUGUUGAUAGCCUAUAUAUUUCAAAAUCAUUUGAUCCCAAAGCUAUGACACUUGUAACAGGUUGUCCAAAAAUGAAGAUACCUUUUAUUCUUCUUAAUCUGUAAAAUAAUUAUAUAAAUAACUUGCAAAUCAUUCAUAUGUUUUCUUUUGAUAAUUUAAACUUGCCCUUUUUCUAUGUAUUUUGUUGUAUGUAUUACAUCUCUGGUUGCUUGUACAUAUUUGUCUUUACCAAAGUUCAACAUUGCUGCCCAACAAACUGCAAUAUUACCCCCUGGCCUUGAACCAUUAACACUUGGUGAACCAUAAACACCACCAGGCCAAUCUGUGGUUACAGUAUAUUGAUGGUGAUGGUAGUUUUUAUUUCUAUAUAGAACCACAGAAGAACCUAAACAAAAAAUAUUAUGUCAAUUUUUUAAAAUCAUAACUAAACUACCUAUAUAUUUUGUAUACCUUUGGGUGCAUAACCAUAUUUGUGUGUAUCGGCAGAAAUACUUAUUACUCCGGGCAAUCUAAAAUCACAUAUGGGAAUUGGAUACCCUGCAUCUUCCAUAAAACAGCUCAAAAAUCCUCCUAAACAGGAAUCUACAUGAACUGGGAUAUUAUAUUUAACACCUAACUCAGAAAUUGCAGAAAUGUCAUCAAUUGUACCAUAUGGAAAGUUGGGAGCUGAACCUACUAACUAAAAAUUAUUAAUCAUGUUCAUUAGUGAAUGUAAAUUAUACUAAAAUUAAAUUUAGUUUUGUAAAAUUUAAUUAUUUCAAUGAACUUACAAAUAAAAUAUAUGUAAAGAAGUUGAUCUUAAAAUUAUUAAAGUUCUAAAUAGAAAAUGUAAUAACACAUUUUCCUUUAUUUCUUAAGCUUCAUACUUGGGUUUUAUAUUAAUAACUCACCAAUACAGUGUUAGAAUUAAUGGCUUUUUUAAAUUUCUUCAAAUCAACUUGAUAGGUUUUGUUAUCAAUUGGAAUAUAUCUAACUUUCAUUUUAAAAUACUGUGCAGCUUUAUCAAAUGCAGCAUGAACUGUUGUUGGUACAACAAUUUCAGGUUUGAUAAUGCCUUUUAUUUCUCUGCCAUAAUCCCUGAAUGCUUUACAAGCCAUUAAGAUAGAUUCUGUACCACCACUUGUC